AUGACUGGAAAUGGUGCUUGUGCAUUGUUCACAAUGGUAGGGAAAGGGAGGUUGAGCAUGGUAUGCAUACUAUCAGGUCUCAUGGAACCACAGUUGCUAGGACUCACAUGCAUGAUUGGUUUAUCUUGCUUUUACUUUCUGUGCGUCAAGAUCAUUUUAAAUAUCAUACACCCAUUCAAUCGCUUUGUUGGGAAGGAUAUGAUGUCGGAUCUUAAGUAUCCAUUGAAAGACAACACAGUAUCAUUAUGGACUGUUCCGCUCUUCUAUAUCCUGAGAAGAAGCGUCUAUGAUCUGCACCACAGUAUUUUAGGCCUACUGUCCGCUGUACUUAUAACUGGAGUUCUCACGGAUUCAAUAAAGAAUGCAGUCGGCCGGCCUCGGCCUGAUUUCUUCUGGCGCUGCUUUCCUGAUGGCAAAGAAUUGUACGACCAAUUCGGCAAUGUCGUAUGCCAUGGUAUAACAAAUGAGAUACGAGAAGGACGUAAGAGUUUUCCAAGUGGUCAUGCUUCAUGGUCCUUUGCAGGAUUGGGAUUUCUCUCUUUUUACUUAGCUGGAAAACUUAAAGCAUUCGAUCAGAAGGUAAAUGUGGAAAAAAUUUGUACUGUGUUGCUUCCUCUUCUUGUUGCAGCUCUUGUUUGUGUAUCUCGGGUAGAUGACUAUUGGCAUCAUUGGCAGGAUGUGUUUGCUGGGGGACUCUUGGGGCUUGUCAUGGCUACCAUAUGUUAUCUUCAAUUCUUCCCACCACCAUAUCACACUAAUGGUAGGCUCUGAAAAAUCAUUUCACUAAACUUGAGUCUACACUUUUGUGUGAUUAAAAUUUAUUUAGAUUGCUUUGUUCCACUAUACUAAGGACACUAAGAAGGUGAUC